AUGGAUAAGCUUCAAAAGCUUCAAGAGCAACAUCACGGAAUUAUGGUCCACCCAAAUCUUUGGGCGUCACGAAUUGUCUACAAAGUCAAGCAAUGGAUGAUGAACAAUCUAGAGAAGAAGAUACUGAAGCUGUGGUACGAACGUGAGUGCUUACUUCUUGAAACGAGGCGUAUUUAUAGUCAACGAGACGUACUGCAUACACCAAGCUCAGCAUACUCAAAAAUUGAACGAGCACGCCAUCUUGACGUUGAAAUGGAAGCCUUCAAAAACAAUUACAACUUGGAUAAGAAACGACUGAAGGCUCUAUUUAACUACAAGAUGGAGAACAUAACAUUGAAGCGUCAGCUUGAUGUCCUGAGAGCUGAAUUGAAGAAAGCAGCAAAUGAGCAGGACCUUCGUCAACUUUCACUCUCUCAAGCAUUCGACGCGCUCAAAUUUGACACUUCUCAUUUUCUAGAGGCUGUGACAAAAAACCGAAUCAAAGCGAUUCUUACAAGUCCGGAGUACCGCGCUCUUUUCGAGCAUGCUGAAUUGAUUUCAUCUCAAGCAUCAAAAGUGUCUCAUGUAGAUACUUUAUUUGAAGCGACCGAUGCGGCUACUUCUAUGGAGGAAAUGUUGAAGAUCAAAUUUCCCGAUGAGUUUAUCGAUCAAAAGUGGCAAAAAGAUUCUGCUGUCAGCUCUAUUUAUCUUGCCACGCUCACGAACCCCAAACUGAAAAGUCAACAGAUAUCGAGCCAGGUGCGCGACGCUUGGUUCCAGAAGCUGCGCUCAUCUGUGGCCAAUAAAGGCUGUUUCGAUUGUAAUAAGCGUCAUCCAACUUGGGCUACAGUCACAUAUGGCGUCUUUAUUUGUCUAGACUGUUCGGGUUACCAUCGACGUUUAGGCGUGCAUUUGUCAUUUGUGCGCUCGAUUGACAUGGACGAGUGGACUGAAGAACAACUUAAAACAAUGAGUGAAGGUGGAAAUGCUGAAGCUCGCAAGUUUUUUAAGCAAUACGGUGCUGCGGAGAUGACAAGUAUUGAAGCCAAGUACAAUUCGAAAGCGGCGCAGAUGUACAAGAUUGCAUUGGCUAAAAAGGUAAAAGCAUCUCGACUACAAAUUUCUGCUCCAGAAGAGGAGAAGACUUGUGACAAUGAAAUUGAUGGAUUGGAAGCGCUCGUUAAAGACGUUGAGAUUGAUAACGAGAAGACAACUGCUACUGCGCUGCAUGGACACAUGCAACGCGAAGUUCCUACUGCGGCUCCUACUGUGAAAAAGAUAUCGCUUGCUGCACGUCAUCCAUCUGCUGGUCUACUGAGCGUCAACCGCCCAGUGGUUUUACUUGGGCAGAAGGAUGGUGAAAAUCCAACGCCAUCUAUUACAAAAUCUACGCAAAUCAAGUCAUCUCGUUUAGGAGCUACGAAGCUGUCCACAGGUGGUAAAGCGACACGUCUUGGUGCGACGAAGCUCCCUGCAGGGGUUAAUGAUUUUGAUUUUGACGAUAUCCCAUUUGAGAAUCCACCACCACCCGCUCCAACUGCUGAAGAGAUUUCAGCCGAAAAACAGAUAAAAGAUGACGAAGCUUUGGCACGGGCAUUGCAAGAAGUUGAAGAUGAGCGCACGUCAGCUAGUGCCUUACCAGCACCAACGUAUCAAGCUGCACCUAUGCAGACGCCGACUUUGGACAAAUACAAGAAUGCCAAGUCAAUUUCUUCCGACAAUUUUUUUGGUGGUGAGGCACAACAGUUGGACAGUUCGCAAUUGGCACGAUUUCAAGGCUCCCAAUCGAUCUCGAGCGAUGCAUUUUAUGGCAAUAAUUCUCGUGGUCGAGCAACGUCUGGAGAGUUAACUGAUGAAGCAGCUUAUCAGUUACAACUGAUGAAGGAUAGCAUGGCGAACAAGGCGGCAAAGCUAAAAACCAUGACUAGCGGCUUUUUUAACGAUUUGCAGAGUCGCUAUACUUAG